GAAUCCAGUUUACCUUGGAGGACACGUAAGGGGGAGGCGAACGCGUUUUGUUUUGGAGAUCUUGCGGGAUACACACAGCGCAAGCACCGAUGGAGAGAAAGGACCAUUAGCCAUAGUCCUGGGGAAAUACGCAGAAGCAGUAUUCCAUGUCUCUUCUCUGCCCUGUUAUUGAUGGGAAACCAACUGGACCGGAUCACCCACCUAAACUACAGCGAGCUACCCACCGGGGAUCCAUCGGGCAUCGAGAAGGACGAGUUGCGUGUUGGCGUGGCGUAUUUCUUUUCCGAUGAAGAGGAAGAGCUGGACGAUCGAUCGCAGUCAGACAGCUUUAAAGACAACAACAGCCCGAGCAAAGACGGUCCGAUUGCGCUCAACGAGAUCGAGUACUCGGCGUUCUGCUGCCAGGAAUGUAUAUACUCCAAACUGCGAGAGAACGAGGACCUGAAUGUUUAUUCGGUGAAAACUUUAUUGACCAUGUGCAAACCCGGGGAUCUACUGGAGUUAGUGGCCAACGCACAACCCCCGCACUGGGCGAUCUUUGAAGGGGAGGACCAGGUUAUUCACCUCUACAAGGGGGAGAUCCGCAAGGACAGCUUGUUUGAGAUCAGCUGCGGUCGGCAGGGCAGGAUAGUGAACAAUCGGUACCGCUACCGACCGCUGCCAGCUGAUUUGGUGAUGCAGAACGCGAGCGGGCACGUGGGGCUCAGCAGCGGCGAGAUUUGCUGGACGAACUCGGAAAGUUUCGCAGCCUGGUGCCGUUUCGGCAAGCGGGAGUUUAAAGCGGGCGGCGAGGCGCACUCGGUCGAGCAGCGCUACUUUCUGAAGGUGCACCUGUCCGAGAGCACCGCGCACACGCUCAUGUUCCGCAGCCUGGAGGAGAUGAUACGCGAGAGACGGCGCGUGGACGCCAGUGGCAUUCUCAAGGAGCUGUCGCUGGUGACCGGCAAGGAAUGAGCGCUUGGGACUUUCUGCAUGCUUUGAGCAAGGGCUGCUUCCCGUUAUUUCAGGACUUUGGGAGGGUUGUGCGUAUUUGUGUGAACAUGUUUUGGCAAAGACAACGCCCCUUUUGGUUGUGUUGUUAGAACCGAUGGCCCCACUAAAGUCACCCUGUACCUUUAAAAAGGAAAACGAUAAAACAUAAGGUGAGCCCUCAUCACAGAUCGCCCAUGAACCGAUACAGCCCCCUCAAAUUCUCACCCGAGCCCUGCUGCGGCAGAUGGUGACCACGAUGCGUUCAUAUGUGUGGCAAGCCGGUUUGACAUUUAUUCCUUAACACUAACUAGCAUUUGUUUUUGUUACUUAUACUCAUUAUUCAUCAGGUAACUGUUCAAACAGUUUCUAGUAUCUAUUCCAGCUUGAAUAGAUACUAGCGUGUAUCCCAGUUGUUACAAGUGACAUUUUAAUCGCACUAGUAAGACUUCUGUUUGAACCAUAAAGAAGCCAUUCUAACUAGGCUAGUCAUUACAUAUAAGUGAAAAAUCAAAUGUUACUAGUGAGAUAAAGAAUGUUACUUGUAACAGUUGAGAUCAAUAUCAAUAGCUUCUAGUACCUAAUGAAAUGGUUACUAGUCAAGCUGGAGUUGAAUAGUUCAUAUCUGAACCACAGAUCCUAAAUGUGUACCCUUGGAAAUGUGCUUGUCAUUAUCAAAGUUGUUUCGGUUAAAUGAAUAAUUAGGGUGUAGUGAAAUAAAGAAAGACACUAGUCGCUAUUGGACUACUCUAUGUAAAA